GGUUAUGACUACAGCCGGAGUGGAAACCCGACCCGGAAUUGCCUGGAGAAGGCGGUGGCAGUGCUAGAUGGAGCUAAAUACUGUUUAGCAUAUGCUUCUGGCUUAGCUGCUACUUUGAAUAUUACUCACUUGUUAAAGGCUGGGGAUACGAUCAUCUGCAUGGAUGAUGUCUAUGGAGGCACGAACCGAUACUUCAGGAAAGUAGCCAUGAAAAUUGGCUUGAACGUCAUUUUUGUGGACUGCACAAAACCAGAAUGCCUGGAAGCUGCAAUUACACCAGAGACCAAGCUCGUUUGGAUUGAGACACCCACAAACCCCACGCUGAAGGUCAUUGACAUUCGGGCCUGCGCGGACAUCGUGCAUAAGCACAAAGAUGUUCUUCUGGUGGUAGACAACACUUUCAUGUCGGCGUACUUCCAGCGUCCUUUAUCGCUGGGGGCUGACAUUUGUAUGUAUUCUGCAACCAAGUACAUGAACGGGCAUAGUGAUGUCGUAAUGGGACUUGUUUCAGUAAACUGUGCUGAUCUCUAUGAAAGGCUCAAGUUCUUGCAAAACUCUCUUGGAGCUGUUCCAUCCCCCUUCGACUGUUACCUGUGCAAUCGUGGUUUGAAGACUCUGCAGGUCCGGAUGAAACAACACUUCCACAAUGCGUUGGCUGUCGCUCGAUUCCUUGAGUCGGAUUCCCGGGUGGAGAAAGUCAUUUACCCAGGCUUGCCUUCGCACCCGCAGCACGAGCUGGUCAAGCAACAGUGCACUGGCUGUCCUGGAAUGGUAACCUUCUACAUUAAAGGAAAUCUCAAACAUGCUGUGUCCUUUCUGAAGAAUUUAAAGGUUUUUGCCCUCGCUGAGAGUCUGGGUGGAUACGAAAGCCUCGCAGAACAUCCGGCCAUCAUGACUCAUGCUUCAGUACCUAAAGAAGAUCGAGAAGUUCUUGGAAUCAGCGAUACAUUAAUUCGCCUGUCGGUUGGUUUGGAAGACGAAGAAGACUUACUGGAAGACCUGGAUCAGGCUCUGAAAGCUGCAGUGAGUGGGCUGCUGCCUUAA